GACACCUUACAAACAUGGUGCUGCUCCGUACAAUAUUUAUGUGAUUCUCAGGAAUCAAAUCCUAUAUUGAAAAAUGUGUAGCACGGUUUUGUUUUUCAAAAUAAAACUGUAAUUUGUGUUGCAAAAUGGAAGCGGGAAAUAACUUCAAACAAUGGAAGAAACAGUGUCUGAGUAAGGUAGAUUUCAGCAAGAAGGGGAGUGUGGAUGGGGAAAUCGAAAAUAUUGUCAGUUUUAUCAACGAGUGCCAUAGUUAUUUCACCACCAGCUCCUGUUCUGGACGGAUAAUAUUAAUUGAUGGGGUAAGUGAUAACACUGAAGUACAGAAGCAGAACUGCUCCUGGUUAUUUGUCACUCAUCAGAAGUGUCAAAAGGAAGAUGUGCUUUCAGGACUACAGAAAGCCUGUGGGGACGCUGUCUUCAAAUUUGAACCAUUUGUGCUCCACGUGCAGUGCAAGCAGCUGGAGGACGCCCAGCUCCUGCACUCUGUGGCCAUAAACUCUGGAUUUAGAAAUUCUGGGAUAACUGUCGGCAAGAAAGGAAAAAUAAUCAUGGCUGUGCGAAGCACCCACUGCUUGGAAGUCCCACUUAGUCAUAAGGGCCAGGUUCUUGUUCAAGAAGAGUAUAUUGACUAUGUGGUGCAAGUAGCCAAUCGGAAAAUAGAGGAAAACCGGAAAAGAAUAGAGAGGUUCCAUAGUUGCCUACUGGCUGCAGUGGGUGCAGCUGAAGGUUUUAGCAAAGAUAAAGUGGAGGAAACCAAAGCUGAGUCUGGGUACACUCAAAGAAGAAAAAGAGGACAAGAAAAAACUGACAGUGAAACUGCCUCUCCAGUUCAGGGUGAUGUCAUUCUGCAGAACGGUGAUGAGGACAGUCUAGAGAGUGAACUCCAUUUGUUUUGCAUGGAGACCUGUUGAGCUACAAAGGAGGGCUUACUGUAUCCAUUUUUAUGGGAAAUGUAGAUUGAGGAGUUUGAUGUCUGAUCACAAGACUGUAAAAAAUGGUAUUUUUGCAUUUUAUGUCAUGAAGGGGUUUGUCUCUGGUAUGACAUUAUAAAUAAUAAAUGUGUUUCUUUUCAAAAUGCCAUAAAAUUGUCAGCUGCUAUCUCAAUCUAAUAUUACCGAAUACUACCCUUUUCCUUCCUGUAUAAAUUCAACUUUUUGAACUUAAUUUUACUUCCUGAUAUUUUCCAACUUCACUGAAUUCUGCAUUCUCCCCCCACUGCCUACAUGGCUGCACUUUACCUAGCAAUACCUGACCUGUUCACACUUGCAUAAGUCAAUGUUUGAAAUGUGCAGAGCGGCCCUACAUCUUAAUUUCCUCCAUUAAGAGUUGUUCACACUUUAUAAUUCUGGAGUGGGGACAGUGCUGAACUGAGAGAUGUAACAAUGUGAUCUAAAACUAAUCUCCCCAUCAAAGACACUGAGAAAGACUUCUAGAUAGUUUCUUUUAGUAUUACUACGUAUCGUACCAUUGAAUAUUUUAUAUUAAUGGAUGAAUUUUACUUGUCACAUUUUUAUCUUUGGCAUAAUGUUAUUUUUUCUUCUUUUUCUUCAGCUUUACCCUACACAAUUCCAGCCCGCUUUAAGAUCUUAAAACUGAUACUUUGGUGACAGCCUAGUAACAGCUCAUUAAGAGCAUAUGCUUAAUUUCAUGGCUUUCUAACAUUAGAGGAGAUGCGGUUGACAUUUAAUGAAUUUGUACAGAUUCUAUGAAUUCUAUUGGUGAUCUGUCUUGUAUUACUACCUAUUUUCCGCACAGUUGAUGGUCCAUUAAAAUUAAAUACUGCACACUCUUAUCUGAGACUAAUGAAAGUGGUUGUGGGGUUUACAAAUGUAAUCCUGAUUUUGCAGUUGUGAUCUAGUGUCAAGUAAAAUCAUUAACAUACAAUUAAUUGAAAUGACUGAAAUUGAUGGUAAUAUAGUAUAGAAAAUUUUGCCUGUGAUACUUUCCGUUUCCAUGACACUAGCCUUCAGCCUAUCAAUUUGGUUAUUGUAAUACUGAAAAGGCUCUGUAGGUGGAGCAGAUAUUCAAUUAAGAGCCUUGUCAAUAGAGAGUGACAGAAGGCUUAAACUUGUAAAAUGAUGUGUUGAGUAAGAUUGAAAUCAUUAAAAUAGGACCAUCCCUGGCAUAUUUCAAGUUUGUACAUAGAGAAAUAACUACAGAGAUUUGCAUGCAUUGUUACAUUACCCUAGAACUGAGAGGCACUUAGAGCUCUUAGACGUAACAGUUCUUGCUCAAGAAACAUUUUUCUUGUGUGUGUGGUGAUGAACUUUAGUAUUCAUUAAUAUUCCUGGUUUGGCAGCAAAGGAGCCCGAAGACUGUUUAUUUAAGAAGGAAUAGCACAAGUAUUGACAAAGUGAGAUUCCCCACAUUGCCUUAUGAGCAUGCAUCAAAUCUACCCACAGGGAAUGGGAAUGAACAGCUGGCUGUCCUUGGAUAUCCAAACACUGCCCUUUCAUUUCCAGACUGCUUGCAAAGGUUCAGAGUGCUAAUUGUGUAAUCUAGUGGUUGAUGCUGUCUGCUGUUGAGGCUUUCUUGAGACCACCAAAAUAUAUUGAGACCACUAACAUUUUUUUUAAAGAGAACCUUGCGAAUUAGAUGACAAUAUUAAUAAACAUUAAUAAUCCACUCCAAUAGCUGAAGUUAGAUGAUGAUGAUAUUAAUUAAAAUAUUGAUCAGUGCAUGCUGUGACUUAUUCUCAGUAUCCUCCACAUUUUUUAAAGAUGUAGUACUGAAGCAGUCCUGUGGGUGUGGAACCAAUUUGAGGUAAAUUAGAAGCAGUAAUGCAAUCUGUAAAAUCACAAAUCCAGGAUCUCAACAUGCGUACCAUUCCCUGCACGCUAGAUGACUUCCAAAACCUCUGCAGCUUGGCCUGGGAAAAGAGAAAGGAGAGCGUAUUGUUAGGAGUUAAAACACACUUGAAGAAAAUUUGAAUUGGUCUCUAAAAUUAAAUAGGCUAUAUCAGUUUCGUAAUGCUGAAAAUGGCUUCUGCAUCCACUAUUCCUGCAUUGUAUUUGGAUCAUUGUUAAUUUUAGUGUUAAAAAAUGCAAGAUGUCUUCAAUAUAAGCUGUAGGUGACACUCAAUAUAUGUCAAUUAAUCAGGUUAUAUGGGUAUAAUAGAUUUAAAUUGACUCAAAAUGGCUGUUGUUUAUAUCAGGUUUAAUAUACAUUAAUCCAAAAACUACUGAAAUAAUGCAUUUUAUUACAUUUAACCAAUAGCUUUAAUAAUAAAGGUCUAUAUUCAAUGUUUAGUUUUUGUUUUUCUUAUUGGUCUACCCCCGCCAUAAAAUAAAAAAAAAAAAAAAAAAAAAGAAAAGAAAAAACAAAACAUACAUCAUUCAGUGGUGGCUUCCACCUCAGACUAUUAAAUGAGAUCAUUACAUUCACAAGCAGGCCAGUACAUUGUAAUGGGAAUUCACAGCACAUCAUUACAAACAACAAUAGUUUUUCUAUUGGUCUGUUAGUAGCUGGGGCAGCGGUUCUGUGCUUUGUGAUGACGAACCCUCAGUAAAAUCCAGAUUGUUUUUGUUCUGUACAGUAAGACACAUGCCUUACAAUGUUUUCAGUUAGAUUUUGUUAUGGCUGAUUUUAAUCUAGUUCAGACAGGAAGUGUUACAUCUUUACCUCAGUUUCCAAGCACUAGGGUUCCCACACUUGUGUGUGUUACCGCCCUGACACCAGCCAGAAGAGUUACGAACAAAAACAUUGGACCCUGUAUGCUUUUGUUUGUAUUGUUUAUCAAAGCAAAUAUGUAUGAAUCAUAUACAUGUAAUGUCCUGUAUUGCUGUACACUGAAUACAGUCCGCUGUGACUUUGAAUUAAUUUGCCCUAUCAACUAUGGUAAUGAGAUGACUUUAUCCUUCAACCAUUGAUAAUAAUAGUUAUAUUUCUGAACUCUUAAAUAUAGAGCUGCGUGGAGAUACACAAUGCAAUGGGGCCAUGCAGUGUAUCCGCAUCAUACUGUAUGCAAACAGUUAGCUGAAAUCAGUGUUAUAUUGUAUUACAACGACCUUUCAUGUAUUUACUUUGUAGCUGCACAGGUAGUUACUAACCUCUUAGCCAUUAUUUACAUGGCUGUCCAUUUUGCAAUAGCAAUACAAUGUCAUCAAUUUGCAGGGCUCCUUCAAUUGUGACAAAGUUUUGCACAGAAUAAUGACUGUAUAUGUGUGUUGCCAUGUUUUUAAAGAGACAAGUGUGCAUUAUCAGAAAUGGACAGGGCCAGUGUACAAACUGGAGGAAAAAGGGUCUGAAGCCAAAUUAUGAACAUCUAAUCCGUUGACUGCCUAAUUUAAUAAUUAUGAUUCUUUCUUUUGCACUGCAUAGUGAUUAUCACUUUGAAAAGCUGAAAUCUUAUAUUCCACUUUCAAUUCCCAGUAUCUAUCAAGACCACAAGCAGUUGGACUGGAUAUUGCAUGCCAGUCUUUUUUCACCCAGUCUGGAUAUCUCUCCCUGCUCAAUCCCAGGUAUACAGCUGCAAUAUAGAUAGCCUACAUAUUAAUAUCCAGAAAUACAAAACAAAAACGCUUCAUAAACAGUUAGAAUUCAUUAGAGGCCCUUGUAAAAGCAAUGAC